AUGUACAACAUGCGGGAAGAUGGCAUCGAAACGAUCCGCUCGAGACAGAUUGCUGCCCUACGCCAGAUGAUCAACUUCAACGAGCCCGCCAUGAAUAUGAUGGUGUCGGAGCCGGUGUGGAAGGUUUUGAUCAUGGACAAGGUCGGGCAAGACAUCAUCUCUCCUCUCCUAACCGUCAAACAGCUUCGCGAGCUCGGCGUGACGCUUCACAUGCUGUUGGACGGCAAAAGAGAGCCUCUACCAGACGUGCCCGCCGUCUACUUUGUCAAUCCAAGCAACGAAAACAUUGCGAUGAUUUGCCGCGAUAUGCAACUGGGUCUCUACGAGCGUUACUACCUCAAUUUCGCGUCGGCCCUACCCCGUAACGAGCUUGAGCAGCUGGCGCAGGGCGCCGUCCGGGAAAAUUGCGUGGAUCAAGUGAAAAAGGUUGUCGACCAAUACCUAAAGUUCAUCUCGCUGGAAAACGAUCUCUUCGUCCUCAAGCGAUCAACUGCCGGCAGACCUCUGACUUUUUAUACGAUCAACGACUUGGCCACCUCUGAAGACGUGAUGAACGGCAUGAUCCAGUCUAUUGCUGAUGGUCUCUUUUCGGUUUGCGCUACACUAGGCCUCGUGCCGAUCAUUCGUGCAGCGAAGGAAGGAGCAGCCGAGCAAGUUGCACUGCGUUUAUGCCAAAAGCUGAAGGAUACGCUUUGCGAGACGAACAACGUGUUUACGUUCACGGUGAAUCGAGCUGGAAUGCUGACGGGGACACGCCCGAUUUUAGUGAUUGCUGAUCGGUCAGCCGAUCUGGCGACGAUGCUCCACCACACCUGGACGUAUCAAGCCCUCAUCCACGACGUCCUCGGGCUUGACCAGAAUCGCGUGACGAUGCAGGAAAAGGGCAAAAAGGUCGAUCACGACCUGCACGGAGAGCACGAUCGGAUCUGGUCUAGUCAUAAGGGUAGCCCAUUCCCGUUGGUGGCCGAGGCGAUUCAGAGCGACCUCGAGCACUACAAGACCCAGAAGGAAGAAGUCGAGAAAAUGCGGAAUGCCAUGGGAAUCGAAGGCAGCGAAAUGGAGGCGGUUAUGUCAUCGCUGAUCAUCGACACGACCUCCAAGCUCGGCUCGACGGUCACCUCAUUGCCACAACUUUUGGAGCAAAAGAGGUUGAUCGACCUUCACACGAACAUUGCGACCAGCCUGCUGAACGCGAUCAAAGAACGACAGCUCGACUCGCUGUUCGAGCUCGAGCAGAAGAUGCUGCAAAAGGCUUCUCUAGAUUCCUCGAUACGAAGCGAGCUCGAAAAAUACGGAGAUCACGGGGACGUGCUGCGCGUUGUGUUGCUGUACUACUUGUCAACGGAUCGUUUAUCGAAGUCUGACGUCGAAGAGCUGCGAACACUACUACGCGAGAAGAACAUUGACGAUGUUGCCCUGCGAUUCGUGGAGAGGAUCAGAUCCGUGUCGAAUCUUGGGCGCGGGAUUACGAGUGAAGCCCAUUCCGGCGCCGGCACGAGCACGGUGGGCAUGUUCGGCAAGCUGCUCGGCCAGAGCAGCAAAUUCGUGAUGGAAGGCGUGAAAAAUCUGGUGCCCAGGAAGCAUAACUUGCCGUUGACGAAGCUAGUCGACUCUGUAGCGACGCCAGCCUCCUCAUCCGUCGUCGGCAUCAGUGCGAUGAGCCAGGCGCAGCCCGAGGGCGACGCGCUGCUCUACCUCGAUCCGAAGCUGCCCGCCGGCCGACCCGAUUCCGCAAAGUUGCGCCCAUCUACAAUGCCGCACGACGUGUUGUUGUUCGUCGUCGGCGGUGGCAACUACGUGGAAUACGAAAAUGUGGCGCAAUGGGGCCGGGACAAGGGCAUCCAACGAGUCAUCUACGGGUCGACCGAGCUCAUCAGCCCGCUACAAUUCACUGAGCAGCUAUCCUCCCUCGGAAAGCAGUACCAG